GGGUGCUAUUGUUAUCCCUCUUUCACAGAUGGGGUAACUGAGGCUCAGAAAAGUGAAGUAACUUGUCCAAGGUCACCAAGCUGGUGAGCACCAAGCCGGCACUAUGGCGGGGCUGGGAGCCUGGAACCUAGCGGGAGCUGCUCUGAUCAUCCUGCUGUUCCCCAGAAGCCUGGAGCAGUGCGGGCACAUCAGCCUCUCAGCCCCCAUCGUCCGCCUGGGGGAUCCCAUCACAGCCUCCUGCAUCAUCAGCCAGAACUGCAGCCACCUGGGCUCGGAAUCGCACAUUGUAUGGAAGUUGGAAGCAGAGCUUCAGCCCGGGGAGAGGCAGCAGUACCUGCCGAAUGGGACCCUGCAGUCCACCAUCACCUUGCCCCACCUCAACCGCUCUCGGGCCCUUCUCUCCUGCUGCCUGCACUGGGGCAACAGCCUGCAGAUCCUGGACCAGGCUGAGCUACAGGCAGGCUACCCUCCCGCCACACCCCACAACCUGUCCUGCCUCAUGAACCUCACAACCAACAGCCUCUCCUGCCAGUGGGAGCCAGGCCCCAACACCCAUCUGUCCACGAACUUCACCCUGAAGAGCUUCAAGAGCCGGGGCAACUGCCAGAGCCAGGAGGACCCCAUCCCCGACUGCGUGCCUGAGGACAGGCAGAGCCACUGCUCCAUCCCCCGCAAACACCUACAGCUGUACCAGAAUAUGGGCAUCUGGGUGCAGGCCAAGAACGCGCUGGGAACCAGCGUGUCCCCGAAGCUGUGCCUUGUCCCCAUGGACGUCGUGAAACUGGAGCCCCCCACACUGUGGGCCCUGGGGCCCAGCCCUGAGGUGGCCCCGCCCCAGCCAGGCUGCCUGAGGUUGCGCUGGGAGACCUGGAAGCCAAGCCUACACAUAGAUCAGAAGUGUGAGCUGCGCCACCAGCCUCGGCUUGGAGAAGCCAGCUGGGACCUGGUGGGCGCCUUGCCCUCCAGGACCCUCCAGUAUGAGCUAUGCGGGCUCCUCCCAUCCACAGCCUACGCCCUGCAGAUGCGCUGCACCCGCUGGCGCCUGCCUGGCCACUGGAGCAACUGGAGCCCCAGCCUGGAGCUGACCACCACACAACGGGCCCCCAUUGUCAGACUGGACACAUGGUGGCGGCAGAGGCAGCUGGACCCCAGGACGGUGGACGUGCAGCUGUUCUGGCAGCCAGUUCCCCUGGAGGAAGAGAGUGGGCAGAUCCAAGGGUACCUGGUCUCCUGGAGACCCUCAGACCAGGCUGGGGCAGACCCAAUGCUCUGCAACACCACGGAGCUAAACUGUACCUUCCAACUGCCUUCAGAAGCUCGGGAGGUGAUCCUUGAGGCCUAUAACACAGCUGGGACCUCUCAUCCCACCCCAGUGGUCUUCUUGGAGAGCGGAGGCCCACCCCUGGGCAGACUCCACACCAUGGCUCGAGACCCUCACAGCCUCUGGGUGGGCUGGGAGCCCCCCAGCCCUCAGCCUCGGGGCUAUGUCAUUGAGUGGGGCCUCGGUCCCCCCAGCCCCAGCGGCAGCCCUAAGACCUGGAGGAUGGAGCAUAAUGGAAGCAUUGCAGGGACCCUGCUGCAGGAGAACAUCAGGCCCUUUCAGCUCUACGAGAUCACUGUGACCCCCCUGUACCAGGACACCAAAGGACCCUCCCAGCACAUCUAUGCCUACUCCCAAGAGAUGGCCCCCUCCCAUGGCCCAGAGCUGCAUCUAAGGCACGUUGGCAAGACUUGGGCCCAGUUGGAGUGGGUACCCGAGGCCCCUGAGCUGGGGAAGAGCCCACUUACCCACUACACUAUCUUCUGGACCAAUGCUCAGGACCAGUCCUUCUACACUGUCCUGAACGCCUCCUCCCAUAGCUUUGUCCUCCGUGGCCUGGAGCCUUCCACCUUGUACCAUGUCCACCUCAUGGCUGCCAGCCAGGCGUGGGCCACCAACAGUACAAGCCUCACCCUGAUGACCUUGGCCCUAGAGGAGUCUGAGCUGCACAUCCUCCUGGGCCUCUUCAGCCUCCUGGUCUUGCUCAUCUGCCUCUGUGGGGCUGCCCAGCUCUGCUGCAGACCCAGGAAGAAUCCCCUCUGGCCAAGUGUUCCAGACCCAGCCCACAGCAGCCUGGGUUCCUGGGUGCCUACCAUCACAACGGAGGAUACCUUCCAGCUGCCCAGCCUUCGGGACUCCAGCAUGCCGCCCAUCACCAGGAUCACGGUGCUGGAGGAGGAAGAGAAGAAGCCAGGACCCUGGGAGUCCAAUGACAGCUCAGGGACCUGUGGCCUCCCCAGCCUGGUCCAGGCCUAUGUGCUCCAGGGGGACCCAAGAGUACCUUGUACCCAGCCCCAGCCCCAGUCUGGCACCAGUGACCAGGUCCUUUACGUGCAGGUGCUGGGCAGCCCCACAGGCCCAGGGCCUGGGCACUACCUCCGCUGCGACUCCACUCAGCCUCUCUUGGGGGGCCUCACCCCCAGCCCCAAGUCCUAUGAGAACCUCUGGUUCCAGACCAGCCCCCUGGGGACCCCAGAGCCCCUAGUCCCAAACCCAGAGGAUGACUGUAUCUUUGAGCCACUGCUUGACUUCCCUCUCCUGCAGGGGCUCCGGGUCAGUGGGGUGGAAGGUCUUGGGGGCUUCUAGGGCUUCCUAGAACUCCCCACCUGGGCCUGCUUCUUGAUAAGCCUGGGCUAUCCAGAGAAGAGGAGGUCAGUAAGCCCUCCACUAAAAAACCCCCAGCCCCAGGAAAGGCAGAAAGGCUCCCAGUCUCCCCCUAUCUCUGGCCCCUAGCAUCCCUCCCCCAUCCCCCCAAUUUCCAUGGGCUGGGCCUCCCACUUCAAAGGCCAGAGAAUGCUUUUUCAAGCC